GUAUUUCUGACCACUUUGAGAACCGUCCACUCUCCUAGAGAGACAUAUACCUAUUUAACAAGCUGCUCCCGAGCCAAUAAAUUUUCUAAAUUCUCUUGUUUGAUAUGGCGGCUACCUUGGUCCUUGGGCCAGGCUUUGAAAGGCAAAACAGGUCUUUACACUGUGACAAAGCAAGACUCUGUCUGGCUUGCGACGAACAAAUACCAGGAGAAGCAGGCACUUCCGAUUACAGAACGAACGAGACAUUCUACUUCGUUUCCAAAACCAAACACCCUUUAUUCGCCCAUUACUUGAUGAAGUCAUGGAUGCUUUGGACCCUUUCCAGAAUCGUACGAACAAAUUGCGGACCAGGAGCGACUGGCGGUUCUUGUUUGGAUUAUGCAAAACAGCCCUCCUGAAACAUUGAGACCAUUUCAUCUCACCACUACGCGAGAAAUUUGUCCGGAGGAUAAGGAAUUUGUGUUAAGAAUCAUGAAGCUAGACCCUCGAGAUAGGCCGUCAGCACGACAGCUCUUGGAAGAUGGAUGGUUCCGUCAACCUUGAACUUAAUAUCAUGUCCGGUGCUCAAC